AUGACGACUCCGACCACGGUGAAACUUUUACUGGACGAAUCACGUCGUGAUGCAGAAGAGGAGAUAGGCAAGAUCGAAAGAAACAAAUUGGUAGGAGGCAAAUGGACAUCGCAGCCAGCAUCGGCAACAUCCAGACAGAUCAGUCGUGUCUUGCCUUUUUGUACGUUCACGGCCGGUAUAUUGAUCACGAUGAUUAUUUGUUGUUUCAUUGGAUUAUUUCUUUUACCACAUUUCAUCAUUACGAAUCAGUGCCAAUCCGACGAACUUAUCUCAUCCGAACAGUUGAAAGCCAAUAAGUUGCAGCCACUUAAAGAAUCGCAGAGCGAAACAAAUAACCUAUUCGAAGAUCAUCAUCACUUGAUUGAAGAAUGUGAUCCAUCACAUCCUUGGCAAGCAAUCCGAAUUCCAGACAAUAUCCGACCUCUCACCUAUAAACUCUUACUUCGACCGAAUUUGACCACACUGACUUUCAGUGGCUCUAUCGUUAUUCAACUAAAGAUAGUGAAUCCAACAAACUACAUCAUACUGCAUGCUCUUCAACUCCAUCUUACGUCAUAUGAAAUACAAGCUAAUGGAUUACCCGUUCCAGCAUACCACAGUGAAUGCGAACGGUUAGGGCAGUGGGCUUUCGAGGUAGUUGAUCGCCAGUUAAACGAGAAAGAUAACGUGAGCUUGGCAAUCGAUUAUGAUGGCCACAUCCAGAAUGAUCUUUCAGCCCUCUACAAAAAUGUUCAUGUCUCAGAGGACGGUAAACAAAUAAUAUCAGCUUUAACACAAUUCGAGCCAACGCACGCGCGCAAGAUGUUGCCAUGUUUUGAUGAACCCAUCUAUAAAGCCACCUUCGAAGUGUCCGUCAUUCGACAGUCGCAACACACCGUCAGGGCCAAUAUGCAUUUGGAACAUAGCGAGCCAUAUACCGAUGGGUUAUUCAUCGAUCAUUUUGCACCUUCAGUCAAAAUGAGUACGUACUUAUUGGCGAUUGCCGUUCUGGAUGAUUUUACAAGAAUUCGAGAAAUGACAAAAAGUACUGCAUCCGCAGUAGAGGUACCUAUAAUAUUUGCUUCCUAUGACUUAUCGAAAUAUUCUUCGUUUCAACAACAGGUCAAUCUGUUUGCGCCCACAAAGGUAUCCCAUCAAACAGAAUUUGGUCUUAAAACAGGCAUACUUGCGCUGGAAUUCUUCGAAUCUUAUUUUGCAAUACCAUAUCCACUUCAAAAACAAGAUAUGAUUGCACUGGACGACUUCGCAGAAGGUGCAAUGGAGAAUUGGGGUAUGAUGACGUUUCGAGAUGAGAUGUUACUUCAUAAUUCGAACACAUCAACAACCAAAAGUAAAGAAAUCGUCGCGUUGGUCGUUUGCCAUGAAUAUGCUCAUCAGGUUUGUCUUUGCAUUAGUGAUGAAAAUUUCUUAAUGAGCAUGUUGCUGGAUGGUUUUAAUACUACGCAUGCCGUUUCAACUUCUGUUGAUGAUCCUGCUCAAAUUGGAUCUAUUUUCGAUGCUAUCUCUUAUCAAAAGGGUGCUUCAAUAAUUGCAAUGAUCAUGGGUCUUACUGGAAAGGAGAAUUUCAAGAUGGCUAUACGUGAUUAUCUCCAAACGUAUGCCUACGGCAACGCUGAUGGAAACGAUUUAUGGCGAGUAAUUGAAAAGCACAGCUCCCUUAAAGCAAUGAACUUAUCAACGAUGCAAAUUGCCGAAUCAUGGACAACUCAUGUUGGCUAUCCAUAUAUAGCAGCAGCUAUUGAUCGCAAUCAAAAUUCAAUCGUGAUUCAUAACCAGACACGAUUCAUGUACUUACAAGAAACACAACAUAUGUAUCGAACCGAAUGGCCAAUUCCAGUACAUUAUAGAAGUGAUUAUUCGACGGCAUUGAACAUCGCUUGGAUACAACCUGGUGAUCAAGAUGUUCGUAUUCCACUCGAGAAGUCUGCAAAAUGGGUAAUUGUGAACUCAAAUUCGCUCGGUUUUAUGCGUGUCUUAUAUGAACAAAAAAUUUACGAUGAACUCACUGAACAGUUACGAACGAAUCAUCAGGCGAUAUCAUCGCUUGAUCGAGCGUCAAUAAUUGAUGAUGCGUUCGCGUUCGCAAACGCAGGACUACUUCCGAUUAGCACGGCUAUGGGACUUGUGAGAUAUUUGGAGCAAAAUGACGAGGUGGAACGCUCACCAUGGAACGUAAUAAUUGCUCAUUUGAAAAUGAUUGAAAACUGCAUUUAUGAUUCGGAGCACCUUGAUCUAUUUCAGCAGUUGAUGCGUUCAUUAUUGGUACGUGCAUAUAAUCGCCUCGGUUGGUCACGCAAAGAGGAUCACGUUGACAGACUGCUUCAAACAGAGAUCUUGGCAUUGGCGUGUAAACUGCAAAUUGAAGACUGCACUCGUCAAGCAACACAGCGAUUCUACCAAUGGACGCGUGACAACGAAUCAAUUCCAAUUGAUAUACAACCGCUGGUGAUUGAAGAAGGUAUCCGAAGAGGCACUUCAACUGAUUGGGAACGUGUCUAUCAAGAAUAUCUGCAAGCAAAAAGUCCUUCAAAGAAAUUCAUGCUGCUUGCCGCUCUUGCGGCAACACAAGAUAUCCGUUUAAUUUAUCGGUUUAUGAAUAUUUGCCUGAAACCAUCUAUAAUCCGUCCAAGUUUGUUACCGAGAGCAUUCUAUCUUCUCAUGCAAAAUCCCAACGCACGUCUACAUGCAUGGCGUUUUUUUCGGAUUCAUUUCGAGCAAUUCGAUGAAACAAUUGGAAGUACAACAACUAUGCUUGGCAUGAUGAUCAAGUCAAUCAUCGAAGAGUUCAACACUCAAUUUGAUUUGGAUCAAACAUUACAAUUUUUUAAACGCAAACAGCUCAAAGCAUCACAACCAAAAGUCGAUCAAGCACUCGACUCAAUUCGUCUCAAUAUACAGUGGCGAAAACUCAAUGAAAAGUCACUUAGUAAAUGGCUACAUGAAUGGAAUAAUGAUAGAUCUCUUCAAUAA